AUGCCAACAAGGACGCAAGGGGAAACCAAAGGUAUUUACUCUUUAAGAAAUGGAGGCGAUGAUGUCGUAGCAGGAGCUCCGCCUUGGAAUCCGAUGACGAUGCGAGCUGCUUAUAAUGAACCUGGAGAUGAGUCCACGAGGAUCACUGGCGUCAAGAGAGGUAGUAACGAAGGAGGUGGUGAUGGAGAUUCACAGAAACUGAAAUUUUCUGUUUCUUUGUUGAGGGAAGAAAUACAAAAAGAUUUCACAGCGUACAAUGGGAAAAAACCUCUUACAAGACAAAAGAAGAGACAAGAACUAUUCAGAGUCAAAUGA